AUGCCAGCUCCAUUAGCAAAAGGAAUCAUCAUCGGCGUGUCUGUCCUCGUCGCAGCUGGUAUUGCCAUCUACGAAAGCCCUCAAUUCCGACAAUGGGUAAAUCAGUCUCGCCGAAAAGUAGCCAUCGCUCUCUACAACCUAGGCGACGAAAUCCAUCCACGGGAAGCCCGUUCUGAGGACAUUUCCAUGGUUGAAGAAACCGGCGAGGCUGCCAAAGAACGAAGACGUAAAGCUCGAGAAGAAAUAGAGCAACGCAGGGAAUUCAAUCAGGCCCGUCGUCACAGGAGUACUAGGUCCAGCAGUGCGGCUGUCAGUUUCGAUGCAUUGGUGGACGAGGAUGGUAGGCUAAAGUCUGAGGAUGGAGAAGAAGAUGAUACGCGUGGAAUAAUCGAAAAUGGCGACCACGCGACUGCACAAUCAACGGCGCUUGAUACCAGUAAUCUUACCUCAUUGCACAAGCGGGGAGGAUCGCCUGGGCCGGAGCCUCUUACUAAUGCUCGUCUUCAAGCUCAACAUGAAAUGUUGGAGGCUAUGGAACGGGAUCGUCUUCAUCUUGCUUUGCCAUCGGAGACUUCAUCACAACAUCCCUCGGAAUCGAUAAUUGAUCUCACCCCAACAUCUGAGUUUCCCGACACCAACCACGAGACUACUUCCAAUCGCGGCCAAAUAGAAAAUUCGGAAUACUUUUCCGUCGCAAAUCUCUCCAGUUCUACGCACAGUUCAGAAAUCGGCCAAUCCGAGCAUUUCUACACUCAUCCAAAUCAGUUCAGUUCUUCUUCCAAUUCAAGCUUCCCUGCCAACCCCUUUGUCGAGCACGACGUAUCGACUACUUCAUCUAUACCCGGCAGUCUUGAGCAUGUCCACGACGAACUGUCCUCGGAUGGCACAUUGAGUGAAUGGGGACAACCUACAGACGGGAUAUUGACUCCCGCCAGCUGGUCUGAGGUAGGUAGUGUGAUCAGCAGCGAUGAUGAGCAUUACCAUCAACCGUAA